GUGAGCGGGGCGAUGUGCCACCACCCGCAGGAACCUAUAUAAGCCCCUCAUGGCCGGCUGCUCGAGCUCACUCCCUUCCAAGAGCUUCUCAAGGCGACACCAUGGCGACGAGGCUCAUGGCAGUGGUGGUGGUGGUGGGCGUCGCCGCGGCCUCCGAGCACAGUUCCCACGUGGUGGUGAGCGUGGGCACCGAGGGGACAGUGGACUACGCCCCCUACGGUGCACCGGCCUACGGCUACUACCCUCAACCUGCCUACUACCCCCAACACCCUCACCCGCAUCACCCGCCCUCCUACGCCCACGAGCCCGCCGUGCCCGCCUGCGCCGCCAACGUCACCGUGCCGUGGUGCCUCGAGGACGCCGAGUACCCGCUGCACGAGAUACAGCACGCCCUGGAGUACAAUGCCCACCACGUCCUCGACCUGUACGCCGACGUGGCUGACCUCAACACGGCACUGUCGGUGGAGCGGCCCCACACUCUCGAGGAGGAGACGUACCUCUGCCCCUCCGCCACCGCCUACGUCAGGCCGCUGCGCGCCGUGAACACAGACGGAAAGUGGCGCGUCAUCUUGAACAACGUUAAAAUCCACUACCAGACCCUGACGCAGACGACCCGCGUGGAGCAGUGCCUCUCAAAGGGAAACGCCUGCCCGCUGGUGCCCGAGUGUUACGGUUCCUCCUGCCUGCAGAAGUCCAUCUACCACCGCUUCCUCGUCUACGACCCCUACGACUACUACCACCCCUUCGCCAUCGAGACCUUCAAGCUGCCCGCCAGCUGCGCUUGCCUGCUCGCCGCCUACACCAUCAACCACUAACAUUUAACUUCUCUUUGCUGCACUUGUAGAAAAAUAUAUUUUUUAUAACUAGA